GUGACAUCCUAAGACGAAGCUACUCUGGUAUGUGGUAGCAGAGCUAUCAAAAUAAUGUCCUACUUUCAGGCAACCCCUGCAGGCGGACUCGUACCCCUCAGUUCGGAGCAUAUUUUGGUACCGUGCCAGACCUCUGCAUGAUUACGUUCCAAAAUUCAUUUCUCAUUUUGGAGUCUAGUCUAUAUUACGAAACCAUAUAAUUAGUCUCCUCAUAAGUUCAACGCUUAUGCGUGUUUUUACUCGACACUGAUUAAGUCGUCGGUUGGAUAGCUGUUUAUGCUCCGAGACACGAGAUAUCGAUACGCCAUAAUCAUAACUUACGACAAUAAUAUUAUCUGAUUUUGUGCCCAAGAAUAAAUUUGAAGCUUAAAUAGCUAGUUAUUUCGGUUACUUGCGCUACAUAACUCAGCCGUAUUUUCCUAAACCAAGAAAAACAGAGACAAACGAGUGUUACUUUAAUCUUGAAGUAUUGCAGAAAUGGAGGCUUCUAUGAAACUUGGUCCUCAUAGGCUUAUUCUCAAUAUCUUGGACCAGCUCGCACAGAGUGAACCAGACAAGGUGUAUGCUGAGCUGCCAAUAUCCCUCACAGAUUUCAGUGCUGGGUUUCGCCAUAUUACGUACCGAGUUUUGGACAACGCAGUCAACGGGGUUGCUUGGUGGCUCACGGAGACGUUGGGACCAGCGCAAGAUUUCCCAACUUUGGCAUAUGUCGGGCCAAAUGAUCUGAGUCAUAAUCUCCUGCUCCUCGGAGCCAUCAAAGCAGGGUACAAGAUGCUCUUUUUCUGGCCACGCUAUAGCACCGAAGCUCAGGUCAGGCUUAUGAAGGCAGUUGAUUGUCAAAACAUCUUGACCUCGUCAGUAUCAUCCCCGCUGUCACAGUUAGUCGAAACGAUCGCAAAGGAGCAUGGAAGUGCCAAGGUCACCCAGAUCCCGGAACUAGCCUCAUUCUUCGACGACAAGCACCAGGUAUUCCCAUAUAAAAAAUCCUUCGAGGAAGCCCGGGGAGAUCCUCUGGUUGUGGUCCAUACUUCUGGCACAACCGGAUUCCCUAGACCCAUUAUCUGGAAUCAUGACUGGGCAGCGUCCUUCGCGUACCAGAGAUACCUUGAGCCACCUGCGGGGUGGGAGAGCAUUGAUCGCCUGAUACUUGGGAGACGUGUGUUAAGUCUAAUGCCUCCCUACCAUGCCUCCCACCUAUUUGCCAGCAUCUUGUUCACCUUCUACUGUGGUAACACAUGCAUAUAUCCCCCGGCACUGGCCCUACCGACGGCCCAAAUAGCAGCUGAAGCGUCCAGCUAUACUGAAGUCAAAGCCAUCACAGUAGUUCCUCCACAUAUUGAACAGCUAGGUGCCAAUACGGAACUCCUCGACACCCUUGUCAGGAAUGGUGCUGAGACUGUAUUUUGGGCCGGUGGACCCGUAUCUUCGGCAGCUGCAGACGCUGUAUCGUCUCGACUCAAACUUUUCAAUACAUGUGGCUCGACAGAGAUGGGUAUGUGGCCAGUAAUUCGCAAAUCCGGACCAUGGGAUCCUAGUAUCAGUAGAUACAUGUGUUUCCAUCCGCAGGCCAACGUACAACUUCGACCGCAAUCCGAAAACGUGUUUAAAGCAGUAGUCGUUAAAAAUGACUCUGAUACGGAGAUACAACCUCCAUUCCCUAUAUUCCCAUCCAUAACCGAGUAUGAUAGCGGCGACCUUUUCUCUCCUGUUGCUGAACCGGACAAGGAUUACCUCUGGUCUUAUGUUGGCCGUUCUGACGAUAUGCAAGUGUUUAAAAAUGGUCUAAAAUGGCAUCCGACUGCAGCAGAACAAAAAAUUAUUUCCGAUAACCGAGAUGUGAUACAAGAGGCUCUUCUCGACGGUACUAAUCAUGCUCAUGUGGUUUUGUUGCUAGAGCUUGUAUCUGAGUUUUCUAACAAGCUAGCUGCUUUGCCGGAAGGCGAACAAGCGAAGGAAAAGGCAGCGAUCCUGGACGGUAUUUGGCCCACCAUCGAGGGGAUUAAUCGCGUUGCUCCAGACUGGGUCCAGAUUGACCGGCAACGGGUUGUCUUUGCUGAGCCUGGGAAGCCGUUAGCUAGGACAGCAAAGGGUAGCAUUCGUAGAUUGUUCGCUGUUACCGAUUAUAAAUCUCAGAUCGAUGACGUUCUAGAGAGUGUUGGCGUGAAAUCGGAGGCUUAGUUGCCGAGUUUCAAACCACCCUGAUGAUAUAUCGAUAUAUACGACAGGCAUCAAUUGAUGACACGAUUAUAGUUAGAGGGACUAUGUUUAAGACUAUUUUUAAAUGUUGAAUUUUGUAAUUUUAUCGGAGUUCUU